AUGUCUUCUCGAGCCAGUUCAGAAGCCCCCGCCGGUCUCCCACACAAGCGCCCUCGCUUCGACAAUUCCCACGACGCGUCCCCUCCUCGACAGCCAGGUGUGGCGGGACCUUCACGAGCGUCAAGGCGCUCCGAGGAACCCAGGUCGAGCUCGUCGGGACCGGGAUUUGCAGUCGAAAUUCCAUACAAGCCGUGCAAGAGGCCUCGUAAGCGGACUGCUUCGCCAGACCCUCGCGACAGCGACCGGGAACCGUCUACCGGGGAGGAUGAGGCCGCAACGGCGAGGGACGGACGAGUGGCCAGUACUUCUAGACGUACGAGGUCGCGAAGCGCGGUGGCUGCCGUCAAAGUCGACUCGGACAACGAGGAGGAACCUUCCACCGCCGAAUCCGACGACGAGCCAGUCAUCGCCUCUGGCUCUCGAACCCUCCCCGCUCGCUCUUCCCGCAACGCCGCACCCGUUCUCGACCUCACGGACAGCGGCGACGAAGGCUUCUCCUCCCUCUCGCCCGGCUUGGCGUCCGGCAGCUCGUCUCGUCCGAAUCCACUCGCGAACAUCGACGCUCCUCGUCCACGCCUGAAUAUCCGUCCUGGCGACUCGCUUUUCAGCACGCUGGGCGUCGCGAACGAUGAUGAUGACGAUUCGCUCAUCUUUGAAGAUGCAGCGGCUGUUAGUGCGAAACGCAUCGAGAAGGGCAAGGGCAAGGGCAAAGCUCGCGAUGCAUCCACUUCCUCCGUGCCGCUCGCCGACUCGACCACUUCAGCGAACAAUGCCGCCGCCACGACAGCCGACGGCGAACGGCUUCCCUCCCUCUCCCACCUCACCUGCCCCAUCUGCUUUGGUCCGCCCGCUCCCCUCGCCCUCACCUCGUGCGGCCAUGCUUUCUGCGCACCGUGUCUGCACGCCGCCCUUGUCGCCGGUCCGGCACUCACGCCUCCACCAGCCGGCACAGCAGGAGCGGGACGAGGAAGAGGAGGAAGGACGGGGCCGAUGGGGGAGGCGGCGAGGCUGUUCAAUACGUCGACGGGCGCGCGAGGGAGGGGACGCGCGGCACGCGGUGGGUAUGCAGGACGAGCCCCCGCCCAUGCGACGGAAGACGAGGACGACGAAGGCGAUCCGGAGCUCAACAAGCACUGCCCGGUGUGCAGGACGCCCUUGUACGGCGGGUGGGGGAAGAGUUUGCGCGGACUCGUAUUGCGGAUGGCGCCGGUGAGGCGGUGA